AUUGACCGGGAUGAUUCGGAACGGGCACAGCGGCUUCUCCACCGAGCGGGUCCCCGGGAGCGGGCGGCCGGUCCGGGUGUGGUGUGAUGGCUGCUUUGACAUGGUUCAUUAUGGGCAUUCAAACCAGCUUCGUCAGGCUCGGGCCAUGGGAGAUUACCUGAUUGCCGGUGUACACACAGAUGAGGAGAUUUCCUGUCACAAGGGACCCCCGGUCUUCACGCAGGAGGAGCGCUAUAAGAUGGUGCGAGCUAUUAAAUGGGUGGAUGAAAUCGUUCCCGGAGCUCCAUACGUGACAACACUGGAAACACUCGACAAAUACAAUUGUGACUUCUGUGUCCAUGGAAAUGAUAUCACGCUGACCGUAGAUGGAAAAGACACGUAUGAAGAGGUGAAGACAGCUGGGAGAUACAGGGAGUGUCAGCGCACACAGGGGGUGUCCACUACCGACCUGGUGGGGCGCAUGCUGCUUAUGACCAAAACUCAUCACAGUGUAGAGGUGAACUCCGAUUACCAGCAGCACAGGGACAAUUUUGGAAAGGACGCACGAGGCUGCAGUCCUUGGACAGGGGUGUCUCAGUUCCUCCAGACAUCACAGAAGAUUAUGCAGUUUGCCUCUGGGAAGGAGCCGGAGCCUGGAGACACCAUUAUUUAUGUUGCCGGGGCAUUUGAUCUCUUUCACAUUGGACAUAUUGAUUUCCUCGAGAAAGUCCACAGUUUGGCUCCCAAGCCAUACAUCAUAGUGGGGUUGCAUUUUGACCAGGAGGUGAAUCACUACAAAAGAAAGAAUUAUCCUAUAAUGAACAUCCAUGAAAGGACCCUCAGCGUCCUGGCCUGCAGGUAUGUGUCCGAAGUAGUUAUCGGGGCUCCAUAUUCCGUGACUGCAGAUCUGAUCGAUCACUUCAAGGUUGACAUAGUUUGUCACGGAAAGACCGACGUUCUCCCUGAUAAAGAUGGAUCUGAUCCUUAUGCAGAACCUAAGCGACGUGGGAUCUUCCAGACAGUGGAUAGUGGGAACAACCUCACUACGGACGACAUUGUCAAGCGGAUAAUAAAGAACAGAUUGGAGUAUGAGGCUCGAAACCAGAAGAAGGAGGCCAAAGAGCUGGCCGUAUUUGAAGCUCUACAGAGACGACAGGGGCUCAUUGAAGGGGCAGAGAAAUGAACUUGAAACCGUGAUUGAGGUGCAGGAACCCCACAGCCCAGUGCACACAACCUAUUGUAUAGUCUGAAUCCAACAUUUAGAGUUUAGACAAAAUCACAAAUUUAAGGUGGACCUGUCACCUGAAACAUUCUUUCCAUUAUUAUCUUUAAACCAGUACUAGUGAGAGAUUAAUAUUUUUUCCAUCUAACCAAGCUACAUUACGUUUAUCUGUAAGGUGGCUGUCUACGCAUUACACCACAGUUUCUCCAGCGCACACUGACAGUAAUUUAUUAGAAAAAUAGCUGCUAGGAGCAUGUGAUGCUAGCAGCCAAUCAGAUCCUGAGAUUCAAGCAGCUCUUUAACUCCCAGCAUUCCACUGUGCAGGAAAAGAACAUGGUUGUUUGAUGUAUCUGAUGACGCCAUUGUAGCACUGGAUAUAGGCAGCUAUUCUAAUGCUAAAUGAUAGCACAAAGACAUUUUCUAAUGACAGAGACACUUUAACAAAUUCUACCUGACUAUUUUACAUGAACAUAGACAACCAAACAUUUUAAGAUUGCUUCUAAAAAAAAUAAAAAAUCAUAAUAAUACAGGGCUGUGUCUACCUUACACCAAAACACUAAUGCAGAGGUGGCCACUGAUACAUCCCCAGAUACUGUAGUACUAAUUUAAUUUGGCAGAGGAUAAUGAUAGGUGUUGUUCUGCCACGGCUGGGGAUAUACUUUUGGCCACCAUUGCAUUAAUAAAACCUUGCCACGGUGUUCCCAAUGCCCCUAUAACCAGUUUUCCCCUGUGUACCCACAAUGUUAAACAUAUAUAUCCUGAUCUUUCAACGUCAGUGACUCACUCAGAAGAUCCCGCGUUGCUGCUACCACUCCCAAAAACUGGAUCUCCCUGACCGCACCUGGCACCUUAAGUCUAAUUGAUUCUAAACUUCCCCGUGGGUUCUCUUAUCAGAGACCUAUCUUAUGUAUACAUUUUAAAUUAAAGAAUUUUAAUUGUU